AUGCGUUCUCUGACCGCGGAGGGCGUGAAGUCAAGUAGUGCUGCUCAGCUCUACGUGGGGCGGGAAUACGAGAGAGAUGAGGACGAUUUACAAGGGAGUCGCAAUACCACAAAUGAUAGAUGGGCUAGACGAAGAAAACAUUACACAGGCUGCAGAGGCUCCAAGCUAGAACAGCUAGGGCAAUAUGCGGAGCAUACAGAUGUCGUGGUCAUAGAUGGCUUCCCUGAAGCUAUGUCUCUGAAAAUAAUCGGGAGAUCUGAUACCAAGUUGAUUGCCGAAGAAGCUAUGGAAAAAUGGCACAAAUUUACCGUUAGUGCUAAGGAGACGACGCAUGCUCAACGCUACUCUGGGAUCGUCUGCGCCGUGACCAGAAAGGGGCUGAGUCAGUGUACCAAGCAUAUUAGCAAGGAAAAGCCCUUGAUCAAAAGCAAUCUCAAAAACGCAAACGCUAUUCUGUGA